CUAGCGCCGGCCGGCCCGCCGCCUCGAUGUGGGUGCAGCAGCGGCUGAAGGGGCUGCCGGGGCUGCUCUCCAGCAGCUGGGCGCGGCGCCUGCUGGCGCUCCUGGCCUGCCUGCUGGUGGCCUCCUGGUACCUCGGCGGGGCCUGGCCGCGCCUGCUGCGCCUGCGGGCCGGGCGGCCUCCGGGCGGCGCGGCCGGGCUGUGCCUGCAAACCGAGACCCGGGCCUGGCAGGCGCGCGCCCAGCGCGGGGAGGCCCGGCUGCUGGCGGGCGGCUCGCGCGCGCCCCCGGGCCUGGUGGGCAACGGGCACCUGCUGCUGGACGCCGACGCCAACCGGCUCUGGGUGGCCCCCGCGGGCGGCCCCGGGCCCGCCUUCGCCACCGACUACGCGGCCCUGGCCCAGCUGCGCACCCCGGCCGGCGCCGCGGCUGAGGCGGGGGCGGCCGUCCUGCUGCCCAGGGAGGGGGCCCUGCGGCGCGUCCGCUGCGUCCAGGCCGGCCCCGCUCCGGCCCCCGGGGGCUGCGUGACCGUCCGGGAGGAGCUGCUGGCCCACCGGGGCCGCCCGCACCUCUACCUGCAGCGCCUGGCCGUGGACAACCCCACCGACCGCCUGGUGGCCUUCGAGGUGGCCGGCCCGGCCUCGGCCGCCUCCGGCCACUUCGCCACCAGCCUGGAGAAGGCGGGCGACCGGCAGUUCUUCCUGUCCUCGGGCCGGGUGCUGCAGCCAGCCGGAGACAAGAUCGUGCUGGUGGUGGUGGCGGCCAAGAAGCUGGUCAGCCGGGUCCAGGUGGCCCCCAAGUCCCAUUUCGAGGAGACCCUGCUGUCCGUGGUGCUCACCUCGGAGCCCAUCGAGGCCGCCCAGCUGGACGAGACCUUCAGCAGGCUCCGGGAGGCAGCCAAGAAGGAGAUGCUGGAAGUCAUGCCCAUGCGGACGGACGACCUGGUUCAGGAGCACCGCCGGGCGUGGGCCGAGCUGUUCAUCUCAGGUGUAGAAAUGCGGAAGAUCACCGAUGCUCACACGCCCUCCAGCGAGACCGUUAACAUGACGCUCUACUUCGUCCUGUCCACCACACCGGCUCCCCUCCUCGACCCCCACAUUAGCCCUGAGGAGAAGGAGAAGAUGGAAGCCACUUUGAACUAUGCGGACCACUGCUUCAGCGGCUACGCAACCAUGCAUGCCGAGAAUCUGUGGCCGGGACAGCUGUCGACCGUCCUGCAGGUCCUGCAGCUCUCAAACUUGUGGAAACUGACGCUCCAGAAACGAGGCUGCAGAGGGCUGGUGGCCGCCGGGGCGCACGGGCUCAUGCAAGGAAUGGUGCUCAGCUUUGGCGGGCUGCAGUUCACCGAAAACCACCUGCAGUUCCAGUCCGACCCGGAGGUCCUUCAGAAUAGCUACUCCUUGCGGGGGAUCCAUUACAACAAGGACUUGAUCAACCUGGCUGUCCUGCUGGACGCCGAGGGGAAGCCCUUCCUGCACGUCUCCGUGAAGUUCCAGGACAAGCCGGUGAAGCUGUACGCCUGCGAGGGGGGCUGCUCCAACGAUCCCGUGGAGCUGACGUCGGAGCUGCACGGCCACACGUUUCCCGUCAUGGUGACGCAGCCCAUCACGCCCCUGCUUUACAUUUCCACCGAUCUUGUGCACCUGCAGGAUCUGCGGCAUACGCUGCACCUCAAGGCGAUCUUGGCCCACGAAGAGCACAUGGCCAAGCAGUACCCAGGCCUGCCCUUCCUGUUCUGGUUCAGCGUGGCCUCCCUCAUCACCCUCUUCCACCUGUUCCUCUUCAAGCUCAUUUACAACGAGUACUGCGGGCCAGGGGCCAAGCCCCUCUUCCGGAGCAAGGUAUAAAACGUCAGCUGAAGUGAACCCAGACUCUUGGGGCUUGGAUUCUUCUCCCUGACCUCACCCUGGAAGCAGGGAACCUGUAGCAGCUCAGAACGUCCUCUGAAUAAGCAGUGUGUGUGUGUGUGUGUGUGUGUACACUGUACACGUGCACAUGUACGCUUGCAUGAAAGCCUUCCUAGAAGAUAGAAGGUGAGAUCUCAGUGGGGAGGCUGAUAAAGAAAGGCUGGUUAAAAAUGAAGCACCGUUGGUUCUACUGCCAGAUUAUUCAGGGUUUAGCCCUGUUUUCUGUAAUUGUGGUGGUCUCAGUUCUGUCCGAGUGCCGUCCAAAAAAGGAUUCACCAGCCGCGUGAUGGCGGAGCCCGGCCCCUGGGUUCCAAGGCUGACAACGGAAGUGCUAAGCGAGCAUCAGGGGCCCUCCCUGUGUUAACUCACUUGUACCAGGAUGGAGGGAGAGCGCUCCUUGGGGGUCGGGCGGGGGUAGAGAAGCUUGUCACUAAUGAUCUUACUCUCCAAAAAAUGCAGUUAAUGGUGGAGUAAAAGUCAAACAUUCUUACCUUGCGGUAUAUCUAGGCCCAGCUAUUCAGUGGAAAGGUUAUUACUCCAAGCUGUGGAGAGAGAUCCCUUGCAUAAUGGGUGCAUAUUACUGGAAUCCAUUUUUCUCACUCCCUUUUGCCUUUUCCUCCCUUUCUUAAAUGUGGCUGGUGCCUCAGCUAUUCAGAGAAGUGGAAUUUGAGAGCAGUUUGCUGUCAUUAAAGCAGUUAGAGAGAAAUGCUGCCUGCAGUAUGUGGGGGGUGCAUGUGUACGCAGGUACAUUUUUCAAAGACAGCCUAAAACGACAGUAAGAUGAAGAGUCCAGAAAAAAACACCUUGGGCGCAAAGGAGCCAUUGCUGUUUUGAGCAGAUGGACGACUGAGCUGCUCUCCUGCGUCUUCUGUCCAAGGAGCUCAGCGCGAGACGAGCCCCCAAAACAGCUUCCGCCUUUUGUGCAAAGGAGGUGCAAAUAAAACAAGCAUUUGCAGCAGCCCCUGGGUAUCCUAGCUGUGUCCCUUCCCCACCACCCCCAGACCCCAUCGCUUCUCAGUUCUGUUGGCUUUCAAUCACCCUUUCCUCUUUGACGAGGAAUACUUGAAAAUGUGCAUUAAGGCUUUUUGUUUUGAUGGUAAGCGGUAAGGAGACAUUUGAUUGGCACGCCUUUCGUUCAAAUGUUCUUGCUUCUCAGAUUCGGCUUAAAGAGAACUUCUCUUUCCCCUCCCGAAGCUGAAUGUUGUCUCAUUUCUUCGUGUGGACUUUAACUUAUUGUUGGUGGGUUUCAGACAUGCAUUUUGUUAACUGCAGCGUUUCAGAAUGAAGAACAGCCAGUUAAAAAUGUAUGUGUGCAUAUUAAUUUCAUGCUUUAAUCUAGCACUGAUAACAGGAAUUCUCAAUCUUUCUCUGAGGACAGCGUACAAAAUAAGGCAACUUCAAUGACAUUUAUUUGGGGGGGGCGUUGUCAGAGGGCGUUGAUUUAUUCUUUCACCAAGCUUGUUGCAGUGUCCUGUUUUUUGAAUUAUAGGGAGACUUAACAGAUUUUCUGGUGAUUUGAACACACUUGUGAUUGUUUUAAGAUGCCAAAGGUUCUGGGUUUUGGGGUUUUUUUAAGGAAUAAAAACCUUCAAAUCUGUA